CCUGCGUCCGAAGACGUCAUGACGUAGUCUUUGUGGGACAGUUUGUUUACAUCAUGGCGGCGGUGGAUUUCAGAGACAACCUUUUGGGGAUUUCGUGGGUGGACAGCGGCUGGGUUCCGAUUCUGAACCCGGGAAAUGUUUUGGACUACUUCUCUGAGAGGAGCAAUCCGUUUUAUGACCGAACCUGUAACAACGAGGUGGUGAAGAUGCAGCGGCUCAGCCUGGAGCAUCUCAAUCAGAUGGUCGGAGUGGAGUACAUUCUUCUUCAUGCUCAGGAGCCGAUUCUUUACAUAAUCCGUAAACAGCAGAGAACGUCUCCAACACAAGAGAUCCCGUUGUCGGACUACUACAUCAUAGCAGGAGUGGUGUAUCAGGCCCCGGACCUGGGGACCGUGAUCAGCUCCAGAGCGUUGUCUGCGGUUCAUGGGAUCCAGUCAGCUUUCGACGAGGCCAUGUCCUACUGUCGCUAUCACCCGUCUAAAGGAUACUGGUGGCACUUCAAGGACCAGGAGGAGAGAGAUAAAACCAAACCGAAGUCAAAGAAGAAAGAGGAGGCGAGUUCUCUGUUCCAGAGGCAACGUGUCGACACGCUCCUUCUCGACCUCAGGUCCAAAUUUCCACCAACGUUUUACCAGCCCAAACCGGGUGAGAAGCCGAUUCCAGUUGAGGUGAAGAAAGAACCAGAACCUCCGACAGAAACCGUUAAACAAGAGGAGAGGGAGCCGGCCUCUAAGUCCUCUGCACCGGCGCCGCCAAGCAAACCGCCUCCUGAGAAGAGAGCUCGGCUUCAGUGAGACCGGACGGAGACAGGAAGUGAGACGUAUGACAGACCCACUGAAAGAAAAGCUCAGGAGAGUUUUUGUUACCUCUCCAUAAAUACAAUUACUCAUCAGAUCCAUUUACAAAGAGCAGCGCCAGGAUCGGUUGACAUCACCAGACAGCUGUGUCACACACACACACACACACACACACACACACACACACACACACACACACUCAUAGACUCACACACACACAC